AUGGCUACUGUUCUCAAUGCAGAAUUAUCGGAGAAAACUGGCAUUUUUGGUCUCAAGGUUUGGGAAUUGAUUGGGAUCAUUGUGGGGUUAUUUAUUGUGGUUAUCCUCUUUGGCUUAACUUUUUAUCUUACUUCACGAAAGCGAUCUAGAAGGGCUAGAGAAAAGAUUCCCCUUAGUCAUAUUCCAAUUGUUUCAAAGGAAAUUAAGGAAGUACAGGUGGAUCUAGUGUCAACAAAUGAAUUUGUUCCACGUGAUGGGAUUCUUCUCGCAAUCCAUGACAAAUCCAGCGAUAAAGAAUCUGAUAAGGUUUUGCUCCAUUUGAGAAGGGGAAAAACAGAGAAUGGAGAUAACAGCAGUCGAUCGGAUUCAUUCCAUCAUCUUGAUAAAGAGGGUGGAGGGUCUCAAUUAGGAGAAGAAGGGAGUUCUGACACAUUUGCGUUGUAUAAAUCUUCUUCUUCACGUCCAAUAAAUGCUCCUUCUCCUUUAAUUGGCCUGCCUGAAUUUUCUCACUUGGGUUGGGGUCACUGGUUUACAUUAAGAGAUCUUGAACUUGCAACAAACCGAUUUUCAAAGGAGAAUGUUCUUGGUGAGGGUGGAUAUGGAGUUGUUUACCAGGGACAUUUGGUUAAUGGGACUCCAGUGGCAGUUAAGAAGCUCCUCAACAACCUAGGCCAAGCGGAGAAGGAAUUUAGAGUGGAGGUUGAUGCUAUUGGCCAUGUGCGUCAUAAAAAUUUGGUUCGCCUUCUCGGAUACUGCAUUGAAGGAACUCAUAGGAUGUUAGUCUACGAGUACGUGAACAAUGGAAAUUUAGAACAAUGGCUUCAUGGAGCUAUGCGCCAGCAUGGAUAUCUUCCUUGGGAGGCCAGAAUGAAUAUUCUCCUUGGCACAGCAAAGGC